AUGGUAAAGGCUGGAAGUGGAUGUGAAGAUUCCAGAAAGAUCAAACAGGUUUUGCUACUUGUGGGUGGUGAUGUUGACUCUGCAAUAGAAUUUCUUUUAGCAGAACAAGGACCUGAUGAUCACAUAGUUGACAACGACAAAAUUUCUUGUUCAGUGGACACUCUUAUGGUAAUAUCAGGAACCGACCAGUUGAGCAUUAUGGGAAGAGUCGCAAAGAGAGAGCAAAUUGUCAACAAAUGCUUUGAAUUCCAUUCAAUUAAAUGGAGGGCAGCAAAUGCUUUGAAUUCCAUGCAAUUAAAUGGAGGGCCACCUGAUAUGGGUGCGUUUUGUAUCUAA